UGGCGGCCUCAUUCUAAAACUCACCACCCAUCCAAGUCGUCCAAGUCCGCCGGCCCCGGUCUCCUCCUCGCCCCGCCCCUGCGCGGCUCCCUGCGUUGAUCAACGGCCUUCGGAGGCGGGGAACGAAGUCCCGCUACUUUCUCCUCCAUCUCCGUGGACCGAACCGCCCGUCUGCUGCUUUCCCCUCUCUCGGUCUCUCUCUCUCUCCCUUACAAAAAACAUGGGCGUCGUGGGCCUCGCGUCGGCCGUGCUGUUGGCCGCCUCCGUCGCCCUGUGCUCCGCCGGGCGCGCGGACGCACCGCGGGGAGUCGCGGUCGGCUUCGUGUUUGACCCGAAGGCGAAGUGCGACCCGCAGUGCGACCACGGAGGCAUCUGCAUCCGCAACGGCACAUGCUUCUGCUCCAAGGGCUACGAGGGAGAGACCUGCCAGUAUGCCAACUGUUAUCCCAAAUGUAAGAACGGAGGAGCAUGCCUUCGCCCUGGAAAGUGCAGAUGUCCUCCGGGAUUUGGAGGCAGAUACUGUCACAAAGUGACGUGUGACGGGGGAUGCUGGAACGGAGGAGAAUGCAUCGCUGUCAACGGAGCGGCCAAGUGCAUCUGCCCCUCCAGCUGGGCCGGCUCCAAAUGCCAGGAGGCGAUCUGUCCCCAAGGCUGUAGGAACGGGGGGAUCUGCGUGGCUCCAGGAAUCUGCAGCUGUCCGGAGGGAUGGCUGGGUGGUGCCUGCCACACUGCUGUGUGCGCUCAGUCCUGCCUGAAUGGAGGGAAGUGCAUCUCUCCAGACAAAUGCCGCUGUCGCCCCCCUUUCUCUGGCCCUCGCUGUGAGGAGAGGAAGAAGUCCCACUAGGGCUGGGGUCAAAGGUCAAUGAGGCCCAAUCAGGGACGUCAUGCUGAUGAGGACAUUUCUUAUGUAUUUCUUUUUAAAGAAACCUUGAACCUGUGUAACGUUCUCAUUUGGUUGUGUAAACCCGUACUGUAAUUUGUGCCAUGAAAUGAAUAAAAGUGAAUUGCAUUAAUUA